AUGCUUGUCUCACCACAACACCAAGAACUCGGCGUUUCGGACCUACCCGUCGUGGACCGGAGCUCCGUCAUCCGCCCCGAGACACCUCCGGACUUGCAUAUCCCAGAGUCCCGGGCCACUGUGAAGGUAUCAAUCAUCGAUACCACCAGUCACAUGAGCAACUUCCCCAUGUGGCCUUUCCUCGAUCCGCUCAUGCCCGGGCACGAGGAAAUGAAAGGCUGCGACUUUUCCUUUAUUGUUGAACAUGCCGAGAGCGGGAACAAGUACGACACCUUGCUCUUCGAUCUUGGCGUGCGAAAAGACUGGGAGAACCUGCCGACGCCCUUCCUCCGAGGCAUCAAGGAGGGCGGUUGUAGGAUACAGGUGGACAAGGAUGUUGCCACCAUUCUGAAGGAGAAUGGUAAAGAUUUGUCCGAGGUGGGAGGUAUCGUGUGGUCACAUUGGCACUUUGAUCAUGUCGGUGACACCCAGACGUUCCCACACACGACAGAGAUCAUCGUCGGACCCGGAUUCAAGAAGGCCCAUGUCCCUGCGUGGCCCACAGUCCCUGACUCUCACAUUGACGAGAAGGCGUGGGAAGGCCGCACACUCCGCGAGAUCGACUUCGCUAAAGAAGGAAAGGGCCUCAAGAUUGGCCGGUUUGAUGCUCUCGAUUUCUAUGGGGAUGGAAGCUUUUACCUCCUCAACACCCCAGGCCACACCAUCGGCCAUCUUUCCGCCCUUGCUCGCACAACGGCCGACCCCCCCACCUUCAUCUUCAUGGGCGGAGAUAUCGCACACCAGGGAGGAGAGUUCCGGCCGACGCCAUAUAUGCCUCUGCCCAUCGACAUCUCCCCCAACCCGUUCAGCAGCCUGCUGGCACGCCCUGCCAUGGCGUGCCCUGGAGAUAUCUUCGUCGACAUUCACCGCAACAAGAGCCGUACAGAGCCCUUCUUCGACCCGACCACCGCCGAAGGCGCAUGGCAUCAUUGCGCCCACGAGGCGAAACGAAGCAUCGACAAGCUGACCGAAUUCGAUGCGUACAACAACAUCUUCCCCGUCAUCGCUCACGACAACAGCCUGUAUGGCGCCAUCGACGUUUAUCCAAAACCAGCAAACGACUGGCUCGCAAAAGGCUGGAAGGACAAGACCAGGUGGGGUUGGCUCAACGAGUUUGAUCCGGGCAGCGAGGGGUUGGCCAAGGCUAGCCAACAGUGA